CAGGAUCCGGACAAACCAUUUGGGCCAAUAUGUGGGGAAGAGCAAGGUCUGCGGCGUGCAGGGCCAUGCUCAAGACAAGGACUGCGGGCGUCCAGGAGCCGCGAACUGGAGGGGGAUUCUCGGAUCGUCUAUUUCCACUUCUGCAAUCCGGCCACUUCAGCCUUGGGACCUCGCCCCUCGCCUGGAGCCCUUCAUGGCGGACCAGAAACUGGUGGUGGUUUUUGGAGCCACAGGUGCCCAAGGGGGCUCAGUGGCCCGCACACUCCUGGAAGAUGGAACAUUCAGGGUUCGAGUAGUGACCCGGGACCCUGGGCAGAGAGCAGCGAAGGAGCUGAAACAGCAGGGUGCAGAAGUAGUAUAGGGAGACCAGAGUGAUGAGGCCAGCAUGGAGCUGGCUCUGACCGGGGCUCAUGCCACCUUCAUCGUGACCAACUACUGGGAAAACUGCAGCCAGGAACUGGAGGUCAAGCAGGGAAAGCUGUUGGCAGAUCUGGCCAAGCGCCUGGGCCUCCACUAUGUGGUCUACAGCGGCCUGGAGAACAUUAAGAAGCUGACGGCAGGGAAGCUGGCAGCAGGCCACUUCGAUGGCAAAGGGGAGGUGGAGGAAUACUUUCGAGACAUCGGCGUUCCCAUGACCAGUGUGCGGCUGCCCUGCUAUUUUGAGAACCUCCUCUCCUACUUCCUGCCCCAGCGAGCCCCAGAUGGAAAGAGCUACUUGUUGGACCUACCCAUGGGUGACGUCCCCAUGGAUGGCAUGGCUGUGAGUGACCUCGGUCCUGUGGUUCUUAGCCUGCUGAAGAAACCAGAAGAGUACGUGGGGCAGAACAUCGGGCUCAGCACCUGCAGGCAUACUGCCGAGGAGUAUGCCACACUGCUCACCAGGCACAUCGGCAAGACUGUACACCAUGCCAAGACAACUCCUGAGGACUAUGAGAAACUUGGCUUCCCUGGGGCCCGUGACCUAGCCAACAUGUUCCGUUUCUAUGCCCUGAAACCCGACCGAAACAUCGAGCUGACCCUGCACCUCAACCCCAAGGCCCAGACCCUAGACCAGUGGCUGGAGCAGCACAAAGGGGACUUUGCCCGGCUGUGACCGGCCUAUCUGGAAGCCCCUCUAGUGUGUGUGGGGAGGCUUAGAGGCACAAUCAUCUGUCCUGUGUACAAGUUUGUUGUUGUUUUUUUUUGAAACAAAGCCAUUGUUCUUACAGAUGGUUUCAAAAAGAAAAGGGCUCUGUCUCUGGGACGUGGGUUGGAGUGGCAGCUGUUGGGCACCGACAGCAUGAAAAACCCAGCAGGAGACAUGAAAUGGCUGGUGUGGGAAGCCUCUCUCUCUUCCCUGAAAUAAAGGGGAAAUGGGAGAACUGGCUAGCCAGAAGGUAACUGCAGAGAAGAAAACGUUAAUGUUUACGUGUGGAGUAUUCCACCCUGGCCAAAAGAGACGCACAGAUGUUAGAUGUGCACUAGGCACAAAGAGGAGCCUCAGCAUCAACAACACCCUGUACGCACCCCUUGCAUCUCCAGAGCCAGUGGCCAUCUGCACAUUUAUUUUGAAUAGUGACAGACUUGGAAGGGAAAGAAAAAAUUAGAAACCCCUCUCCUUUUCCCUUUCUGUGUGUCUGGUAUAGCCCAAGAUGGACAGAACUUUCACAAUAGUCAGGAGGGUGGGAGGGAGGAUGGCAAAGUUGUAGACCACAGGACAAUGGUGCUGCCUACAGCAAAGACCAUUGUGGUGAACCAACUCCAACUUGGCUCCUUUUGAAGAGCACAAGUUACCUGCUGAGAUUCCAUGGUAAGUGAAUGUUAACCUGUGUAUGAGUUUGUGUAAUCACUAUCAAACUCCACCCUGACCUAUGAGCUGAGGUAUAAAAGGAGCAGCAUCCCCAUGAGAUUUAUUCUACAUCUAGAAAACAGGCAUUUCCUUGACAACUU